AUGGACAAUUCUGCAGCAUUUUCAUUGCCUAAUGACUGGUUGCCUGGUGUGUCUAACUUGAACCUGUCACAGCAGCAACGAAGAGAGACCGGGCCACAGGAGUCUGGGUACGAUUGGAAUAGAUUCGCAGAAGCAUAUGUGGACGGAAAGUGGGAUCCGGCUCGCGUGCCCUUUGAGCCCCCGAGCUCUUCCACCGCAUCCUCUGAGCCAUUCAAGCGUGAAGCGGACGACUCCCACGACCUUCUUGAAAAUCUGGCAACAUCCAUGCAGCACGUGUAUGAAAAAGGCGGGUAUCUACCAACGUAUGCGCCUGCUACUAAUACACUUUACCCGCGCAUCGUCUGGUACAGCAAGCAGCUCCAAGAGAGUGAUGAUACAAGCAUGAUCCGCCAGGCUCACCGGCUUGCUGCCAAGCUGGGAAAGGUUCCAUUUGUGUGCACAAAGCUGAUGGCACCAAAGCGAGUGAUGCAGGAUCCUAAUGAUGCAUGCUGCUCUGCACUAUACAGGCAGGGUUGGUGCCCAUUUCAGGUUGUCUCUGAGUGGACCGACUCAGUGGAGCCGGACAUGCACAUGGAUGAGACUGGUUUCGAUCAUAGUUUGUGGUCUCAUGCCAUGUAUCUGGAGCGGAAUCAGGUUUUGCUUGUGCCGGAUGCGCUGCAGGACUGGCGCUUUGCUCGGCACCCGCGAAGGCAGAACCUACGUUUUUUUGCGUGUACGCCGAUCUUUGACAUGAAUCAAGAGGUCAUAGGCAUCUUUGGUAUUGGCGACAAGUUGCCGCUUGCGUCAUUGGAUUCUGAUCUUGUCGGGAUGAUUCUCGAUGUAUCGCAUAUGUUGGCGAAGGCCAUUGAGCUUGCCGCGAGCCAUGCGCAAAUCCUCCGCCGCGACAGGCUAAAAACAUGUACCGAGCUAUUUCUUCAGCACUUCCUCAAAGAGCCAGAGCCAGAUGCCUGUAAGCCAGCAACUGAGGGUCUCAUGCCACUUCAGUCGCAUGCACCACAAAUCGACAUGCACUUAUGCAACGGCAACUACAUGCAUAUUUAUGACUUUGCUGCAGAGAGCCUGCGUACGUCGAUGGAUGUCUCAGGUGUGGUCUUCUUCGACUUGUCGAAUUUUGUGCUAUCGCAGAAACUAAAUGCGCUGGACAACACGAAGUACGAAGAUGUUGUUGUACAUUCGCGCAUGAUGAAUUGGAACUGGCAGCAGAACGAUACGGCUAAGACAGAUGCGCAGCAGGCACACGUUGCUGCUCUGCAAGUACUCGGCUCUAGCGAAGUCGAUGUACAUGUGCCCUGCGCACGCAACGAUCCCAUCGAUGUCGAUGACAUCAGAGACCUGUGCGAGAUCAUAGCCACAGAGUCUCUUGGGGUCCGGUAUCGAAGACACGCACCCUCGGUUAUCAGACGCCUUGUGCCACGAGAUAUGGAGGAUUUGUUGGCAGUGCCGUUAUCUGGCGCAGAGCGGCAACCGUCGCUGCUGAUUCUCGUCUAUUCGCGAUCUGACAGCUAUUCCAUCAUGCUUGAUCAGAUGCUGCACACAGCCAUGCAACAUGUGCGUGCGAUUGGUCUCAUGGCCAUAAAUGUUGUCACGAGACAGUCGGUCUUACUCGCCGAUCGAGCCAAAUCGACGUUUAUUUCUAACAUGUCGCAUGAGCUUCGGACUCCGCUUCAUGGGAUAUUGGCGUCGUCGGACCUGUUGUCAGACACGCGUCUGGACAGGUUGCAGCGCUUCUAUCUGGAAACGAUCGAGUCGUGUGGACACGGCUUGCUCGAGCUCGUGAAUCACGUCCUUGACUUUACGAAGCUGUACAGCGGCGCAUCGAACACGUCCAGGCGCAAGAACAUUCAGAUGACUGAUUUCGAUCUGAGUCGUCUUGUCCAGGAAGUUUGUGACAGCAGUUUGCUGGGCCAGCAAGUCAAUGUGUCUCGGCCCCAUGAUCCACAAGGCACGAUCGGCUCGAUGUAUGACCCACAGAGCGCUCCCUCGGCGGCCUCGACGUCGUCAGACUCAGCACCGAAUGAUCUUGUCAAGCGCUGGUCCGCUUUGGAGGUCGUCGUGCUCGUCGAAAAGCGCAUGCAGGGCUGGUACGUGCACUCAGACUGUGGUGGUCUACGUCGUGUCUUGAUGAAUCUCAUGGGCAAUGCACUCAAAUUCACUACAAACGGCUUUGUUGAGGUGUCUUUGCGCGGCACAGACAUGGAUGAACAUAUGAUGCGCAUCAGCUUGCGUGUACGAGACUCUGGCUGUGGUAUAUCGCGAGCGUUUCUCGACAAACAACUAUUCCAGCCAUUUUCCCAGGAAAACCCACUUGGUGGUGGAACUGGGCUUGGUCUUUCGAUUGUAAAUGAGAUCGUUGCAUCUCUCGACGGGGGCGCUGUGAAUGUCGACAGUGCGCAGGGCGUUGGCACAGACAUUGUGGUCUCGUGUAAUCUGCGCAAAGCGCCUCUGCCUGAAGCGAGGACGUCGCACGUGUAUGUCCCACAACUUCAAGUCCAACAGCGCUUUGUUGUGCACUUGAUCGGCUUUUCUGGUGGCUCCGAAGGCAUGCAUAUGCUGCGGCAAUCGCUCACAAACUACCUCACGACAUGGUGGGGUUUCCGUGUAAAGGUGCACACGGAAGACGAAGAAGAAGAAGAAGCCAUCGCUUCGUGCACGAGUGUAUGGGACCAUGGUAUCUUGCUGAUGAACAACUAUUCAGUUUUCAUGGAGCGCCUUGUCGAAUAUUCACACCACUGCCGAGGCAAGCUAGCGCUCCCCCCUCUUGUUCUUCUCGCCGACCUGUACAACAAGCACCUCUUUGCCAAGGCGUGCGAGGAUUACGAACGCGCUGGCGGCCUCGCUCACAUGCUUCUAAAACCAUCUGGCCCUGCACGGAUGGAAGAUGUCCUUCAGUCGUGUGUGGAGCAAUGGCAGCAAGAUCCGGUCUUGCAAGAGACACGAACGAUGGGUGUGGCUAUCAGUGGUGCGGGCAACACAGACGGCCAACCCAAAGACCCAGACACGGUGCGCACGGAGAAGCAGGUGCAUCCUACAACGCCUCCUCGGAUUACAAUUCCUCCCAAAUUUCGCCAGAGUGAGCCGUCCACGCCCUGUCGCACACUUUCGCUCUUGCGCUCUGACGAACGACCUUGGGGCCGCCAAGCCGUUCCGACUGCCACCACGUCUCAAGCGCCCAUGGAUGAUGACGAGCUCGUUUCGCCUGACCAGGCUGUGCUGGAGCGCUCGCUUCGCGAAGCCGAGGCAUUCGAUGUUGAGCAGGCAUCUGUCCAAGCUGAAGCCCAGCCACAGGCCGGGCCCCAGGCUACUGAGUCGAUGCAUUCGAAUCAUGGCCCAUCCAUCAUACCCAAUGUAAAUCCCGCAGAACCGUCCGCGUUCCAUGUACUUUUUGCUGAUGACAACCCUGUAAAUCGCCAGGUGCUUGGCGCAUAUCUCCGCAAGCUCAAUGUGCCUUAUGUCGAGGCGCGUGAUGGCGGCGAAGGUAUCGCCGCAUUUUCAUCCAAGCCAGCUGGCUACUUUGAUCUGAUCCUCAUGGACUAUUCGAUGCCGAAUAUUGACGGCUUGUGUGCGACGCUGGUUAUCCGACAAAUUGAAAAGCAACGGAGCAUGGACGCCAGUGCACAAGCCCGUAGCGACUUGGCCUCGGCCCAUGCGGGCGCCGGCGCUCAGGCCCCUGUGUCCUCAAGUCGUGCUAAUAUCUACAUUCUAUCUGGCGCAUCGACGGAAGAAGUUAUGCGACAGGGUUUCGGCGCCGGAGCUGAUGGCUAUUUGGUCAAACCAUUGAGCUUUAAAGUCUUUGUGUCCCUCCUGAAAUCUGUAGGGCAUUCCUCAUCAUAG